AGAAAACUGACCAAUAGCAGGUCUGACAUUUGUGUUUUGAACCAAACGCGGUUGAUGGCAGCCCUGCACUGCCUUUAUUUAUCAUAUUCUGGUCUCUUGUGAAUUUGACUGAAGUUUACCAUCCAAGGAUAAAAGUUGCAAAAUUGCUUUACCUGAACUCCAGCGCAAUGUCAAGCAAUUUAGGCUCCACUGUGGAAGGCUUGCCUUUAAGCAGAUGUGGAGAGCGUACACCUUUGAGGAGUCUAGAUAAUGAAACACGUCAUCUGUCAACACCAUCAUCAAGGAUCAAAUUAAAAACAUUAUUCAGUGCUGAUGCGAUUAAGACAACAAAGGGUGAUGUGUCUGUGGGUGACCAAGAGCCCCAUUUGCCGUCUGCAUUAACAAAAUUGAUACAAACCAAUCCUACCGCUACUGACACAACUGCUACAGACACAGCCUGUGGACUUGGAGAUGUAACAUUCAAAUCUUUCAUCUGUCCUGGUGGAGAAGUUGAGAUCUCAAACUCCUUAGUCUGUGCUGAAGAGAGUAUAAUUCUGCCCCAAGAUCAGGCUUUGAGAAAUCCAAGUGUAACAGAGAAUACAAUCCUCUCUGACAGCAUCGUUGUUCAGUCAUGCAGCAACCAUGUAGAUCACCCUUAUUACCAGCCUGAGAUGAAGAAUGCUUCCUUGGUUGAAACUGAUGCAACAUGCUUUGUUGACAUUUCAAUGGGAACACCUCACUCUGAAGACUUUGAUACACAUACUGGAGAAGAAGUACAAGAAAACAUAACUUGGAAAUCUUUUGCCUGUGAAGGAGGUGAGGUUGAAGUUUCUGAUUUGACCAGAGUACAAGAAGAGACCAUCCCUCUGCCCCAGGAUCAAGCUUUUGGAAACAUCAGUGUAAAUCAAUCAAAUCUCUCUGACUGUUGCCAGCUUUCUGAAACAGAACAUGCAGAUCAUCCCUACUGUAGCGCUAAAUGUCAUGGUAAGGCCAUGUCCUUGGAAACAGCAAGUGAAUCUGAAACGCCUACAGAUGGAUUGAGGGACAUUACUUUCAAGUCUUUCAACUGCACUGGAGGUGAGAUUGAAAUUUGUGAAGGCUAUGAUCUUGAAGAAGAGCUGGUUCCUCUACCAGCUGACCAAACUAAAACCUGCAGUGAGCCAGGUAAUGAUGCAAGCAUACUACCCAGUGACCAAGAUAUGCAACACUGUGAUCACUUAGAUCACCCAUACUGUAAUAGUGAAAAUUUCUUGUCAACUCCAAGUGGUGACCUCUCCAUUGCACAGGAAUCAGUCAGUCUUGAUGCUGUGGAUGAGGUUAAACAGAUUAGCCUGGUGGGACAAGAACGUCAACCUAGCAGGAAGAACAGCAGUGCACCUGGCUCUUUUAUAAGUGUUGGAGUCAAAGCAGAGCAACAUAAUGGCACUAGAUUUUCCUCUCUGCCUGAAGACCAGGCUGUGGUCUGCCUGCCACUGGAUGCCAAAUGUUUACCAUCAUCUGAAACUCAAAAUCGUUUUCAAGAUAAAGAUGAAGAACCUAUAAGCCAUGUGGAAAGCAGUGAAGAUUUUGUAGAUGUUGACCAACCAACUAUAAGUCCAUCUUCACCUAAUAACUCAUCAUUAAAAGCCUCAGAGAACAAAUCUGUUCAUUCUCAACAGCAGGAAAAAUCACAAAAGAACUCAUUGCACCAUGAAGACAGUUUGAAGCUCUCAGUGCUUUAUAAAACAAAGUCUCCUGACAGAAGUCGUCUUGCAGCCUCAGCAGGGCGUCCUACACCUGCUGAAGUGCAUCAACAGCAUGUCUCUGACUCACCCAUGAACAUUAGAUCCUGUGUAUCCAGUGAGGCUAAAGACAGCGCUCUUGGAUCAUCAGGAAAUGCCCUAUUUUGUAACGCUGCUGAAAAACCUCUUGUAGAAACCCUCCCUGAUGUGUUAAAAGUGCUUUCAGAGUGUCCCUCUGUAGCAUCAGCUUUACCACUCGGCGUCCUCACACCUGUUGUUAGGAGAGCCUCUCUGCUUCUGUUGAAGGCUCGUAAAGAGUCUGAAGUGGACAGAUUUUUUGCUGACGAUUCUGCUCUUGAGGAUGAGAAGAGCUUGGUGGCUCCUGUAAACCUCAACCCCGCUGGCUUAUUUGCAGAGCACUUGGAGAGCCCUAUGCCACAGCCUCUGCUUAACUCUACAGCGCUAGCUUGCAAGGCCCAGCCAGGCCCACUCGCCGAACCAGUUGAGGAUGUGGAUAAAAAGCCUUGUGCUGUACCUCAGCCUGGGGAAGAGAAGUCGGCUCUGAAUAUUCCUUUGAUUCCAGAUGGUCCCCUUCAGCAGCAGCUCCGACAGAUGGCAGAGUUUCUCUUCUUGGCGUCAGGAAAGAUGGGUCCUGCUGCCGUCUCUGCUCCCGUUUUGCCUCCUUCUGCCUCAGUGCCAUCAGCAAGAGCUUCUCCUGCUGAAUCCCACAGUGUCUGCGUGGGAACAACACCUAUGAAAAGGAUCGACCACAGCGUCAACACGUCUGGAAAAUUUGAAAGAAAGAGGGAGUUUUCUGCAGUUGAUUCCUGCACCCUGACUGAUCCUCUGCUGUGGAAUGUACCUCCAGGCAGCCUUGAGUGUCUCCCCAGACAGGAGCUGGAGCAAAGGUUAAGGUCUAGUAUGAUCAUGGUUGAGGCUUUGGUGCAGCAGUUGGCUGCAGCCAGGAGCCAUUCACCUGCCGGUACUGCCCCGUCAGACCUCAGAGAGAAACUGGUGCAGACAGAUCACACUGAACUUAGUCAGACCAUGAUGCACAGAGACCUGUAUUUGGAAGCUCUAAGGAGGAUUGGCGAAUUGGAACUGGAUGGAAGUUCUCUACGAAAUCUUAUCCAGUGUAUGCAGGACAUGAAAAUGACCAUGACUUCUUUGAGUUGUGACACAGAUGCUGCCCUCACUAACAUGAAGCAAAUAGAAGGUGUUAUACAAGAGGACCAUCAAAGCCUUGUUUCUCAUUAUGGCGAGAUGAAGUCUCUAUUAAAGAAAACGAAGCAGACACAGUCGGUAAUGAUGCAGAAAGUAAAAGACGCUUUUCAUCAGAGAGAUGUUAUGAGGACACAGAUGGAGGAAGCCUUUUCAGCCAAAGAGGCGGCCUUUAGUGCAACGGAGCAGCUGAGGACACAUUGUGCCACAGAAAUCUCAGAACUGGAGAAAUGUGUUGGGUCUCAUCAUGAGCUUUUAGUGUCCUUGAAGCAGAUUUAUCCUGAGCAGGUUGCAUUAAAUCAGGUCUACACUGAAGUACUGGAUUCUGCCUCUGAUGUUUUGUUAAAAACCAAGGAGGAACAGUCCAGUUUGAUGACAGAACUUUGCACAGUCCGAGGCCUUCUUCAAAAAGCUGCUCCCCUUCUCUGGAAGCUAAAUGAGAAGGCAGCUGCUGCACUGAGAGAGCGAGAUGAGUAUAUUUCUGAAAGGGACCAGGCAGUUGAGGAGAGAGAGCAGAUUUCAGAAGAAUGGAACCAAGCUAACUUAGAUCUCCAAACUGCCAGGGAACAGAUUGGUGAUUUAAAUCUGCAGAUAACGAUUCUGACCUCAGAGAUGGGUGUGCUGCGUCACAAGCUAGCAGAAAGAGAUGAAGAGAGGGGUCAGCUGGAGAGGAAGGUGACGGAGCUGUCUGCUACAGUUUCCUCCAGUUUGGCCUCCUACACCUUCCUGGAGCAGGCUCUAGCUGCUGAGACCACAAAGUUGCAGCAGUCGUGGAAAGACAUCCAGCUGUCCAAGGACAGAGCAAACGAGUUGGAGCUUUCGCUGGGUGAAUCGGAGCAGCGUGUGUGUGAACUGAGUCAGGCGCUGGCUCAAAGCAAGGUGCAGCUUGGUCAGCUGCAGGCCCUCUCACAGUCUCAGAACAUGCAGAUCCAGCAGCUCCAGGAUGUUUGCACACAACUCAAAGGUGUCAGGGAGGAGAACGAGUUUUUACAGAUGGAGAACGAGUUGGCGAGGGAGCAGAUGGCAGAAAGUGAGCGCACGCUGAGGGCCAACUUGCAGGGGCUCCGGGAGAGAAACAUCGAGUGUGAAGACCUGAAAGGAGAACUUGGUCAACUUCAGUUUGAGAACAAAAGUCUUCAGGAGGAGUUGGACAUCACAAAAUCCAAAGCUAGUAAAGCCCAGCUGGAGCUCAGAGAGCGACUGGCACAGGCUGUCAGUGAAAUUACUUUACUACAUCACACACUGCGAGGACUGACCAAUGAACUACACACUGCUCUCAGUGAACAGAAAUCUGAACCAAUGAAGGAUAAGACGUCUGGCAUGGAGCGUCGUCACCCCUCCAGCUCCUUCGUCGACAGUGUCAUGGUCGCUUUAGCUACUGAACAGGAGAAAGAAGUCCUCAUGGAGACACCAGUCCUCUCAGACCUGCCAGAGCUUCAGUGUGAAACGCUGUUCAGCGAGAUGAGCGCUUUCACCCGCAUCACAGCAGUCACCUCUAGAAAGAGCGUGAACAAUGUCGAGUUUGAGCCUGAGGAGGAUGAGCAGAGCAGCGAGGCCGAGCUAUUUGCUGACCUUGGCAACAACGUCACAGAGCUCAUCAACAACCUAAAGCUGCUGCGAGAACGUAAAGACGCUCAGCUGGAAGAACUGCAAAACACUGUCUCUGUGCUGCAGGGGGAGCUGCAGGCUGCAAACAGCAGGCGCGAGGCAGAGGUGUUUGAGUUGAAGCAUCAGCUUCACCGUCUGAACAGCCUGGUGGAGAAGGGCAGUCAGGCUCUGCAGCAGAAAGCACAGGAUGAGAAAACUGUGAUGAAGUUGAUGUCAGAAAUACAAGAGGCUCAGGAAAUUCUCAAUAAACACAAGACAGAAAGCAACGAACUGAGAAAAGAGGUUGUUGAGCUUCGUCGCUCUCUCCAGCACUCGAAGGUGGAGUCUCAGUUCCUGUGGGAAGAGUUGAGAACAGCUGGUGGCCAAUCAGAAAACUCUGCUCAUUUCAUGGAAGAGAAGAUCCAGCUAUUGAAAGAGGUGGAGAGACUGAAGUUAAGUCUUCAGGAGGUGGAGCAGGCCAGAGUAAAACUCCUCGAGAGAGCAAAAAGACAUCAAAUAAUCCUUCAGACCAACCAGCAGAAGAGUGAGAACGAGCUUCAGAUGUUAAACAACAUUAUCAACAGAGUCAGAGAGACCCUGCUGUCUUUGCCCGAGCUGGUGAAGAAUUCUGAAGAACUUCAACAGCUUGUUGAAUACAUUGGCUGACAUGUUUAUUAUCGUCUGCUUGUGUUGUAUUUAUGUUUGUUCAUUUUUAGCUCAUCCCAGUUUUAAGUGUUGAUAUAUUUAGUAUGGU